GUUUGGAGUGUGCUGUCUUAGAGAAUCUCCCUUCUUGGGAGAUGAAUCCUUAUAGCUGAAUGGAUCGUUACAAUUGGGUUACUACAAUUUUACUCUUAAGGACAACUUUUUGACCUCCAAGUGGAAUGAAGGGAAAGAAAGAGGAAUUACAUUUUGCCAAGCACCAGCCUAAGGAGAGCUCCCAGAACUGGAGGUGGUGAGGUGCUUAUGAGCCUAGAGUAAUUAAAGAUUUUGAGGUGUCAACAAAGCAGGCAUUCUCUACAGGAGCCCAGAGUUUAAAAGGAGAGACAAAUAAUCGCAGUUAUGUAUGUUCGUGUCAUGAGAAGUAUGAAGAGGGUAACUAUGAUGGCUCAAAGGAGGGAGCCCUCAACUGGGAGGGAGGGGUACAGAAAAGCAGAGAAAGUUUUGUGACUCCUGAGUUAGGUCUUAAAAAAAUAAGUAGGAGUUUGUCACGAGGCCCAGGGGGAAAGGGAUUCCAGGCAAGUGUAUCUGCCCACACAAAGCCAAAGAGGUGUGAAACAGCCAAGCCUUGAGCUAAUAGUUGGGCUUUGCUGGGCACGAACUGGGAUCUCCUGGGGGAGGGGGGGAAUCAGUGACCAAGAAUCUUUCCAGUUUAUUCCCACCAGCCCCUGAACCGCGCCUUAGGCGCCCUACCUGGCCAAUCACGUGCGACGCCCUCCUCUUCUUUCCUCUAAGCAGUCAGAGAUGGACAGCGGGUGAAGGAGAGGAGGAGGAAGAGGACUUCCGCCUGAGGCGGCGCAUUGUGUAAAGCGCCUUGCGGUGCAAAGUGCACAAGCUUCGGAGUCGGUACAGUGAACGUCCUGGGAGGAGCCCCAGGACACAACCCGGACCGCAGGACCAAGAUGAUCUCAAUACACAGCCUCUCCGAGCUGGAGCGUCUGAAGCUGCAAGAGACUGCUUACCACGAACUCGUGGCCAGGCAUUUCCUCUCUGAAUUCAAACCUGAAAGAGCUCUACCUAUUGACCGUCCAAACACCUUGGAGAAGUGGUUUCUGAUUCUGAGAGGACAAGAGAGGGCGGUAUCACUCAAGACGUUUGGCAUUCGACUGGAAGAGGUGCUGGUGAACGAGCUUACCCGCCGCAAGCAACUUGAACUGAGAGCCACGAUGCAGAUUGAAGAAGCCACCCGUCAGGCUGCGGGCCGUCGUCGGGGAAACGUGGUGCAAAGGAUGUUUGGCCGCAUCAGGCGCUUUUUCAGUCGCAGGCGGGCUGAGCCCUCCUUGCCCCGGGAGUUUACUCGCCGUGGGCGUCGAGGUGCAGUCUCUGUGGAUAGCCUGGCUGAAUUGGAGGACGGGGCCCUGCUGCUGCAGACCCUGCAACUUUCCAAGACUUCCUUUCCAAUUGGCCAGCGACUUCUGGGAUCCAAAAGGAAAAUGAGCCUCAAUCCGAUUGCCAAGCAAAUCCCCCAGGUUGUUGAGGCUUGCUGCAGCUUCAUUGAGAAACAUGGCUUAAGCACAGUGGGGAUUUUCACCCUGGAAUAUUCUGAGCAGAGAGUGCGUAAGCUCCGUGAAGAAUUUGAUCAAGGUCUGGAUGUAGUGCUGGAUGACUCUCAGAACGUGCAUGAUGUGGCCGCACUCCUCAAGGAGUUUUUCCGUGACAUGAAGGACUCUUUGCUGCCAGAUGAUCUGUACAUGUCCUUCCUCCUGACAGCAACUCUGAAGCCACAGGAUCAGCUUUCUGCCUUGCAGUUGCUGGUUUACCUGAUGCCACCUUGCCACAGUGACACCCUGGAGCGUCUCCUGAAGGUCCUGCAUAAGAUCACUGAGAACUGCGAGGACUCCAUUGGCAUUGAUGGACAGUUGGUUUCAGGCAAUCGUAUGACUUCCACCAAUUUGGCUUUGGUGUUUGGAUCUGCUCUCCUGAAGAGGGGGACAUCUGCCAAGAGGGAGUCCAGGAAAACAAAACUGGGGAUUGACCACUAUGUUGCUUCUGUCAGUGUGGUCCGUGCCAUGAUUGAUAACUGGGAUAUCCUCUUUCAGGUGCCUCCCCAUAUUCAGAGGCAGGUUGCUAAGCGUGUAUGGAAAUCCAGUCCUGAAGCCCUUGAUUUUAUCAGACGCAGGAAUUUGAGGAAGAUCCAGAGCGCACGGAUAAAGAUGGAAGAGGAUGCUUUACUUUCUGAUCCAGUGGAAAACUCUGCUGAAGCCCGGGCUGCUGUCCUUGGUCAAAGCAAGCCCUUUGAUGAAGGUCAGUUCCCUGCUGGCGGUCAGACCCCUGGUGAAGGUCAGGCCCUUGCUGAAGGUCAGUCCCUUGGUGAAGGUCAGGCCCUUCCCGAAGGCCAGGUCCUUGCUGAAGAUGAGCCCCUUGAGGAAGAUGAGUCCUCUGAGGAAGAUGUGCCAGUCAAUGAAGAACUAGUAUUUGAAUAUCUCAAUCAAGGAGUAGUCUUUGGUGAAGUCCAAGGUCUCGAGGUUCCAAAUGACCUUGAGAUUCCAGACCCACAUCUCGAAGGCAUUCCAGAACUUGAUGAAGAUGACGAUGAUGACGACAACGACGAUGAUGACGAUACCCUGAAUUUUGAUCUUCCUCCCCUUGAGGACAUUCUAGACCCUGAUGAUGAAAUUCUAGAACUCAUUGAAAUCCAAGACUUUGAAGAAAUACCAUAUUUUGAUAUGGUUCCAGACCCUGAAGUAGCCCGAGAUGUGCAAGAAAUCCCCAACCCUGGAGAAAACCCAAACCACGACCUUGAAGAAGGACCAGAUUUUGAAGACUACCAAAACCUUGACCUAGCAGAAGUUCCCUAUCUCGAUGUAAUCCCGAACAAUGAAGAAGCCUCAGAUACUGAUGAAAUCCCAGACAAUGAAGAAGCCCCUGACACUGACGGAAUCCCAGACCAUGCAGAUGACUCAGAUAAUGAUGAAAACCCAGAUUCUGAAGAAGACCCCAAUCUUGAAGAGGUCCCAGCCCUUGAUGAAAUCCAAAAUGAUGAAGCCUCAAAUGCUGAAGAAGUUCCAGACCAUGAAGAAGCCCCAGAGGUCAAUGGGAUUUCAGACUCUGGUGAAGACCUUGAUUUUGAUGAAGUCCCAGCUCUUCAUGUGGUCCCAAGCCCUGAAGAAGCCCCUGGUGGUCAUGAACUCCCAAAUCAUGAAGAAUCCCCAGAGGUUAAUGGGCUCUCAGACUCUGAAGAAGACCCCAGUCUUGAAGAGGUUCCAGCUCUUGAUGGAGUCCCAAAUGAUGAAGAAACCACAGAUACUGAAGAAAUUCCAGAUUAUGAAGAAACUCCAGAAGUCAAUGGAAUUGCAGGCUCUGAAGAAGACUCCAACCCUGAAGAGGUCCCAGCCCUCCAUGUGGUAACGAGCCCUGAAGAUGUCUCUGAUUUUGAUGAAAUUCAGAACCAGGAAGAAUCUUCAGAUGUAAGUGGAGUCCCAAACGAUGAAGAAGCCUCAGACGCUGAAGAAAUCCCAGGACACAAAGAAGACUCUGAUGUCAGUGCAAUCCAAGACUCUGAAGAAAACCCCAAUCUUGAAGAAGACACAGUUCUCAGUGUGGUUCCAGAGCCUGAGGGCACUCAAAUUUGCAACAAAAUUCCGGAUUCUCAGAAAGACUUAGCCAACACUUUUGAAGAAGAUGAAAUUACAAAUAUGGCUCCAGAGCCUGAAGAUGUCUCCAUUCUUAAUACAAUUUCAGACCCUCAGCCAGACCUAGCUGUCAAUCUUGAAGAAAUCAUGAAUGUGGAAGCAGUCCCAAUGCCUAGUAAUCUUAACUCUAAAGAAGUUCAGAGUCCAAAGACCAUCCAGUUCUGCAAAGAAGAUGCAGCUGUUACAUUUCCUGUAGAUACCACCUUCCUUAAAAACAAGUCUCAGCCUGGCCAAGUCGUGGACUACAGGUCCUCCUCAGAGUCAUUGAAGACCGACACCUGCUUUCUCCCCUCCAUGAAGUUCUGUUCCUCUGAGGAGCCAGCUGUGCCUCCCGGCACUGCCCGUUCCCAUGACGAUGAUGAAGGAGCGGGUAACCCCCCCAUUCUGGAGCAAGACCGCCCAUUGCUCCGUGUGCCCCGGGAGAAGGAGGCCAAAACUGGCAUCGGCUACUUCUUUCCUUAGAUGUUUUUCCUUCUAUAUGGUGCCAGACAGGGGGAAAGGGUGGGGGUAGACCUGGGAUGUCACAGGAAACAUUAAGGAGAGUCUUGAAGGUAAAGAUCUGAGGGUAAGAAGGAGUUCCACCUGAUGCUCGGGUCAGGCUGUGAAUUCCAAACACACUGCCAGCCCCUUUCCUGGGGAUGCUUGGUCCCUUCAGCUGGUAAAAGUGGAGAUGUUUCUGUGUCAUGCUCAGGCGCCCUGGUGCUACCUUGCCUCUCUCUUUUACCCCUGAUCCUGGCUUUCCCUUACUACAGCUGUUCCUUUAAUUGAUGUGACAUUUGUGGUAAACACCUGUCGCAGAGAAGCUCACAAAUCUCGAGGUGCUUUCCCUCCCCCAAAGAGGAUUGCAUGCUUUUCCUGACUUUCCUACCCUCCUCCUAAGAGCUCAAUUGGAAAGGCCCUCAAGAGGCAUGCUAGGAUGUUAGGUCAGCCUACUGACAGCUGACAAUUAAUGCUAAACCAUGUCACACCAACUCAUAGCCGUGUCCCCGCAGCCACUCCACCGCCUCAGGAUAAUUUUGUCCAAAUUAUUUAGACCAAUGGCUCGUCAAACAGCCACUCCCCAAAUCCUGAGAAACCCAACUAGCUUUUCUGGGGUCAAAAGUUAGAGGAAAAAAAUUGAUUUUAUUACCUAGAUCUGUUUUACAGAUAGCUGGCAGCCACAUCCUGUUGUCAGCAAAACAGCUAGUUAGGUACAAACACAUAGUUCCAAGCAGUAAAAGUCACCUGAUUACAAAUGUUCUUAAAUACCGUCUCUGUAGUUCCUCUAUGCAGGACGGUACAAAUUUGCGGGACAUGCUCUGGUAACACGCAGAUAUGGGUUAUGUAUGACAUCCAAAAUUAUAGCCGUUAUUGAGGGGUAACAACUGCUAAGGUCCAUAGAAUGAAGAAUGUAUUGUAUUGAGGGUUAGAAAUUGAUCACACAAUGGGUAACAACCGCAGAGCUCGAAGAUUUGUGAUUGUUAAAACUUCUCUGGCAUUUAAUCAUUAAUAAACAUCGUAUUGUGACA